CCAUACCAGGUUGCAGUGCAGCCAGUCGGAAACAUACCCUUUUUAAAGAUUUGGAAUUAAACUACGCUUAAUAAACCAACGCAAUGAAACGCUUUGGAUCAAAAGAACAGUGUGGAUAUAGAGUCGACACAAUAGACAGGCUUUGUUGCAAGAAGGAAGAUGCAGAUUUCAACAUCUGUGGAAAUUGCCAAUCUUGCAUCUUCACUUCCAAGCUCCACGAUUCGACCCAGUGGAUGUCGCGCGCAGGGUACUCGUCCAAAAGGAGAUUCCUUACUGGCAUUCUCGUGCGGUGCCAAAGUAUCGAAAUUCUCGAAACCAUCCAAAGAGUACUGCAAGUGACAUUUGGGAAAGAUUUCACCUAUACCAGGUCACGACAGAAGUCAAGUGUUUCAGAAGAUAUGACCACCUGGAGCCAGGACCGAGCGCUUGACACCAAACUUCUUGGGAUAGAGAUGGUUGACACUUGGGACUGGUUCAGUCGCAGCCACCACUGGACAAAAUCCAACUAUCUUUUAGGAAUUCUUUCCCUAUGCGAUACAGGGCUUCUUCACAUGCUUGGAAACUUGACAAGUGUGCUUAUAGUUAGAGCAAAACGGGCCUUCCUCCAACUUAACGUGCUGGAGGAUGAGGAUUAUGAGGAUGACACCUCCUCUAUCCCAGAAUCCACCUACUCUUUCAACUCGCAGGAGGGUCAUCCAGACCUGGACCUCCUCAUCUGGGCCACCUCCUUCUAUGACCCUGUCAACAUGCAUCAUGAAACUGACAUCAACACCAUCGAUGGAGGCCAGGAGACAUGCCAUGAUCCAGAGCUCUCCAAUAGCUGCCAACUCCAUGUAGCUCCAUGGGUGGUGGUGGGUGCCAGCCCUACCUCUGAAGGCCUGCAGGGCUUUGGCAGUGUGUGUCUGGGGGUGGUGAAGGAGGAUAGUGACACAAAUUCCACCUGUUCAGACGACCCUGCUCUGAUGGUGGUCCCUCGGUCCUCCACCUCUCUGUCUGGGGUCCGCCGAUACAGAGACUUCAUCCGGGGUCUCCCUGUCCAUCUUGCCAAGAGGAUUUUAGGUCUUCUAGACAAGACCUCUCUGUACAGCUGCAGGGAUGUCUCCCAACACUGGCGCUACCUGACGGAAGACACUCAGGAGGACCUUAAUGCCAAGAAGAUGGUGGAGAAACAAGCUACGUUGAUGCAGAGCAACAAUACAGGUGUCAGCCCUACAUAUGCCAAAGUCCGCAAGGUCCUAGUGCCCAUCAGGGAGGAUGAGAAGCACAUGCACCACGUAGAAAUCUUCUCCAAGAUCAGACAGGAGAGGGGCUUUGAGGCCAUCUAUGCUGGCGUUAGAACCCGAGCCAUACAGAUGGAAGAGAGGAAUGUCUACUGUGGAGUGUACAACGUUCUGGUGCUGCUGGACAGGGAAGACCCCUCCAGGGUGGUGCACUACAGUGGAGGUCAGCUGGUGGCCGUGGGCUCCAAGGACCGCGUGGUGCGUCUGCUGGACGUGCUGACACUGAAGGAGGUGUCCCCGGUGAUCCAGGGCCACGCCGGCUCCAUCAGGGCCCUGCUGCUCUGUGAGGAGAGAGGACUGGUCAUUAGCGCCAGCUACGACCUCAGCAUCAGGUGUUGGAAUCUGAAAACAGGCGUAUGCCUUGUGCUCUUCCGUGGCCACUUGGGUACCAUCAACUGCCUGGACCUGCAUGGGAAUUGUCUAGUCUCAGGGGCCAAUGAUUGCAAAGUCAAAGUGUGGAACCUGCAGACAGGGCAUUGCUAUGAGAAGCUGAAGUUCAGGCACCACAACCCCAUCCUGUGUGUGAAGAUAGACAAGGCUCUAGUGAUGAGCAGCUGUGACAAAGGGCUGGUCAAAAUGUGGGGUAUGGAGACCGCCUCACUCCUCAAGGUAAUCGAUGCCCACCAGAGCUCUGUAAAGUGUCUGUUCUUCGACCAGUGGCACAUCCUGUCAGGUGGUUCUGAUGGACAGGUCAUGGCCUGGAGCACCAACUGUGACAUAAAGAAGAACCUGAUGACCUAUCGCCAUCCAAAGGAGGUCCUGGCGCUGAUCUACCUCUUUCUGCGUGUCAUUACCGGCUGUGGGGACGGGAAGAUCCGCAUCUUCAACUUCCUGACAGGUGACUGCCUGAGAGUCAUCAAGGCAGGGGGUCAACACAGCCCUAUCCAGUCCCUGCACACACACAGCAACAAUAUGGUGGUGAACACAGGGACCAGUGUUCUGAUCUACCAGUUCACCAGGGUGCGCUGGGACUACUCCGUCCUGGCCGAGAGGGAGUUCUUUAACGAGUUCAGGGGUACUCUUAAAAGCAUGCUCAAUAAAGACAAGUAUCCCUACUCCUACGUGCGGGCUGAGCGCAUGACACAGGUGGGCUCGUCCAAUCGUAAGAUCUACGACCGUGAGGGCAAGAAGCCGGAGAGGCCCGCGCUGUCCCACCACGCACGCUCUCUGUCAGCCCCCAGCAUGCGCCGAGCACAGGCUGCGCAGCAGGAGUCUAUGAGGCCGGCCACGUGGAGUGAGCUUCAGGGCCACCGUAGGAGCCGGGCCUACAUUGACAUGCAGCCAGAGUUCAUCACCAAGCCCCCUCGGCCAUCUCUCCUGGAAGACCAGUCAGCGGACACAGCCAGGGCUCCCAAAGCAGGGCCAGUCACACGCCCAGGAGCGAAACCACUGGCUCAGCCAGGGAGCUGUCUGUAACGACUAAGUGGGUGCUGACGCGCAGCGAGAAAGCAGUGAAAGACCGAGUGAAGAAGAGGGGCCCCCAUCGGCCCGUCACCCCUCAGCAUGUCCUCCUCAAGGUCAACUCCACCAACCAGCCGCAGGGAAGCGACCAGGCCG